AUGAUCAAGCGACGACGCAAGUGGCGGCAGCAGGAGCGCGACAAGGCCAUGAAGAAUGUCUUCGAGGCGCAGAUGCACAUGAGAAUGCGACGGCAAAGUCUGAAGCAGGCGGAGAUCAGGGAAACACAAGAGGUGGAGGUGGACUGCGUGACGCUGGACCUGGGCAGCGCCAGAUCCAGAGAUAGCAGGCGCAGUGGGCCGGACGACGAUCUGGUGCUGAAAGUUCGGCAACCGCUGACCCAAGACGCCAGCUUCCGGUUGGAAAAACUCGGAGGAUUGAAUAUGGCUCUGGCAGUCCCGGUGUUCGUCUAUCGCGUCUUUCUAGCUGACCGACAGCAGUACAGUGGAGACGCAACAGAAGGAAGUGCAGGUGUUUAUCGAGUUCCGAGACUGCUGCACAAUUCAAGAAUGAAGCUCCCGUCCCGACCAGCGCACUGCUACGUAUAG